AUGCGGCCCCCCAGCGCCCUGCCCCGACUGUUGCUGCCUCUGCUGCUGCUCCCCGCCGCUGGCCGGGCCCAGUUCCACGGGGAGAAGGGGAUCUCCAUCCCGGACCACGGCUUCUGCCAGCCCAUCUCUAUCCCGCUGUGCACAGAUAUCGCCUACAACCAAACCAUCAUGCCCAACCUGCUGGGCCACACGAACCAGGAGGACGCUGGGCUUGAGGUGCACCAAUUCUACCCGCUGGUGAAAGUGCAGUGCUCCCCGGAGCUGCGCUUCUUCUUGUGCUCCAUGUAUGCGCCUGUGUGCACGGUCCUGGAGCAGGCCAUCCCGCCGUGCCGCUCCAUCUGUGAGCGCGCCCGCCAGGGCUGUGAGGCGCUCAUGAAUAAGUUUGGCUUCCAGUGGCCCGAGCGCCUCCGAUGCGAACAUUUCCCCCGCCACGGAGCGGAGCAGAUCUGCGUGGGCCAGAACCACUCCGAAGACGGCGGGCCGGCGCUGCUCACCACCGCCCCCCCAGGGCUGCAGCCUGGAGGGGGGGGCACUCCGGGAGGCCCCGGCGGCGGUGGAGGCGGUGGCGCCGCUGGCGGAGGGUCCCCGCGCUAUUCCACUUUGGAGCACCCCUUCCACUGUCCGCGGGUGCUCAAAGUGCCCUCCUACCUCAAUUACAAGUUCUUGGGCGAGAGGGACUGCGCCGCUCCCUGCGAGCCAGCGCGCACCGACGGUUCCAUGUUCUUCUCGCAGGAGGAGACGCGUUUUGCCCGCCUGUGGAUCCUUACCUGGUCUGUGCUCUGCUGCGCCUCUACCUUCUUCACCGUCACCACCUACCUGGUAGACAUGCAGCGCUUUCGGUACCCGGAGCGGCCCAUCAUCUUCCUUUCAGGCUGCUACACCAUGGUGUCGGUGGCCUACAUCGCAGGCUUCGUGCUGCAAGAGCGGGUGGUUUGCAACGAGCGCUUCUCGGAUGACGGCUACCGCACAGUGGUGCAGGGCACCAAGAAGGAAGGCUGCACCAUUCUCUUCAUGAUGCUCUAUUUCUUCAGUAUGGCCAGUUCUAUCUGGUGGGUCAUCCUCUCGCUCACCUGGUUCCUAGCCGCUGGCAUGAAGUGGGGCCACGAAGCCAUCGAGGCGAACUCGCAGUAUUUUCACCUGGCAGCCUGGGCUGUGCCAGCCGUAAAGACCAUCACCAUCCUGGCCAUGGGGCAGAUCGACGGUGACCUGCUGAGCGGGGUCUGUUUUGUGGGGCUCAACAGCCUGGACCCUCUGCGGGGCUUCGUGCUGGCGCCCCUUUUCGUUUACCUGUUCAUCGGCACCUCCUUCCUGCUGGCUGGUUUUGUGUCCCUUUUCCGGAUCCGCACCAUCAUGAAACACGAUGGUACCAAGACGGAGAAGCUGGAGAGGCUCAUGGUGCGCAUCGGUGUCUUUUCUGUGCUCUACACGGUGCCGGCCACCAUAGUCAUUGCCUGCUAUUUCUACGAGCAGGCGUUUCGGGAGCAUUGGGAACGCUCUUGGGUCAGCCAACACUGCAAGAGUCUCGCCAUCCCGUGCCCGCUGCAGUACACCCCGCGCAUGUCCCCCGACUUCACCGUGUACAUGAUCAAAUACCUCAUGACCCUCAUCGUGGGCAUCACGUCGGGGUUCUGGAUCUGGUCUGGCAAGACUCUCCAUUCAUGGAGGAAGUUUUACACCCGGCUCACUAACAGCAGACACGGGGAAACUACCGUCUGAGGACAUUAAGCACCUCCCGCCCACCUCCUCCCUGCCCCUCUCCAUCUCCUUCA